AUGGGGGUGGAGGCGUCGAUCGUCCAAGCCUGGACCAUGCGAGUCGAUCAGCCCGUUGAGGUGGAUGAGGAGGCGCGCAAGUUCCGCCGGUCCCUAUGGCGGAUCUGCGAUGCGUCGAUGCCCCGCGUCACGCAACGCCCUCCCAGACGCCAGGUGUAUUGGCGAGACGCUGGUACACCCGACAACGGAGGCAGCAUCCUCGCAACGAGGCUGAUGAAAGUCGGCUACAAGGAAACGAAGAGCGAGCUUCGGCACGCUAUUUGCAGGUCCAAAGAGUCGGCCCGUGAGGAGUUACUCGCGCGUCUAGAUGGAGAUCCAUGGGGGCGUCCGUAUCUCGGUGCUCGGAACAAGAUCCGAACCCAGACGGCCCCGGUCACGGAGAGUCUAGAGCCGGAGUUUCUGCGAAGCGUCGUGUGCGCCUUGUUCCCCAUGGAGGCCGCACACACGAUGCCAGCGGACACUUCACGCGAGCCGGCCCGGUCGGAGGUCAUUCCGGCCGUCUCUCUGGAGGAGCUUGAGAGGUCUCUGUCGCCGCUGAAGGCCAAACAAACCGCCCCCGGACCGGACGGCGUCCCCGGACGCGUCCUGGCCCUGGCCCUGGGCGAAACGGGUCGCUUUCCAUCGUCUUGGAAAGAGGGGAGACUCGUUCUACUCCAGAAGGGAGGACGACCUGCAGACUCGCCGUCUGCGUACCGUCCGAUAGUGUUGCUAGACGACACGGGGAAGCUCUUCGAGCGGAUCCUCGCGACUCGUGUCGUCCGACACAUCAGCAGCACGGGGCCCGAUCUGGCUCAGUCCCAGUAUGGUUUUCGGGGUGGAAGGUCUACCAUAGACGCCAUCCUGAAACUGAGGAGUCUCGCAGAUGAUGCCGUGUCUAGGGGCGGAGUUGCGUUGGCGGUGUCCCUCGACAUCACCAACGCGUUCAACUCGCUACCCUUUGGCGUCAUCGAAGAGGCCCUCAGGUACCAUGGUCUGCCGGAUUACAUUCGGCGGACCAUCGGGUCCUACCUCCGCGGACGGGAGAUCUCGUUCGUGGGGGGCGACGGGGUCGGUCCUCGGGCCUCUCCUGUGGAACUUGGGUACGAUUUCGUGCUCCGCGGCGCCCUCCCGACCGGGCUGAGCGUCGUCUGCUACGCGGACGACACGCUCGUGCUAGCCCGAGGCGAUGACUUGGCAGAGGCGAAGGCGCGUGCCAAGGCGGGAGCCGGCUUGAUCGUACGGCGCAUCCAGAUGCUCGGGCUGAGGGUGGGCCUGGAGAAGACAGAGGCCCUCCUGUUCCACGGCCCUCGAGCAGGACCUCCGACGGACGCCAGCAUCAACAUCUGCGGCGUCCGCGUCGAGCUCAGUCCCUGGAUGAAGUAUCUGGGGCUGACUCUGGACGGAAGGUGGAACUUCCGAGAGCAUUUUCGCGGGUUAGUCCCGAAAUUACUCGGGACGGCGAACGCACUCGGAAGACUUCUGCCGAAUCUCGGUGGUCCGAGCGCGACAUGUCGGCACCUGUACACCGGCGUGGUGCGUUCGAUGGUGCUGUACGGAGCUCCAGUGUGGGCCGGUGCCCUCACGAGGCCGAACGUGGCUGCGCUGCACAGAGUGCAGCGCGUCAUGGCUAUGAGGGUGGUACGGGGAUACUGCACUGUCUCCCACGAGGCGGCUUGCGUGCUCGCUGGAACGCCUCCCUGGGACUUGGUCGCCAAGGUUCUGGCGGAGGUUUACCAGCAGCGCGCUCGAGCUCGAUCCCGAGGUACGAGUCCGGACCGGGAUCGGGCGGUGGUGGUGGAGGGUUGGCGCCGCUCCGCGCUCGCGUUGAUCUUCCGUCGAUGGAGGCGGCGGCUCUCUGAGCCAGUGGCCGGGUUGCGCACCGUGGAGGCGAUUCGUCCGCUCCUUAAGGAGUGGGUGGACCGCCGACACGGUUCCUUGACCUUCCGGUUGGUGCAGAUCCUCUCGGGGCAUGGCAGCUUCGGGCGGUAUCUGUGCCACAUAGCCGGGAGAGAGCCGACGGCGGCGUGUCACCAUUGCAGUUGCAUGGAUGAUACGCCCGACCAUACUUUGGCGGAGUGUCCAGCGUGGGCGACGGAGCGUCGUCAACUCAUCACCGUGGUUGGCGCGGAUCUCUCGUUGCCGGCAGUAGUUCAGGCUAUGGUCGGUAGCGAGAGGGCCUGGGCGGCGGUGGUCUGUUUCUGUGAGGUGGUCAUCUCGCAGAAGGAGGCCGCCGAACGAGUGAGGGAGGACAAUCCCUCUUCGGCGCCCAUGCGCCGACGAAGGCUGGGUCGAAGGCAGCGGGCCUACGCCCGCGAAAUGCCUCCCCAGUGA